AUGAGGAGUGCAACUCUCUUUGCUCUCUUCCUUCUCUCUGCCCUAACCUUCUACCCUCCUUCAACCACCGCUCAACCUGUCAAGGACGCCUAUGGUAACAGCGUUAAAAAUGGUGGCUUAUACUACAUAUUUCCACGCUUUUGGGGAGGCGGCGGCGGUGGAAUUAAACGAGCCAUAACUGGAGACGAAACAUCCCCUCUCUCUGUUGUUCAAACUCCCUUCGAGACCGAUCCAGGAAACCCAUGGCGUAUUCAAUCCUUAGUCGCUGCCCUUUUUGUUCCUGAAGGCAGAGUGUACAUUAGCUACGAUGUUCAACAACCAGGUGUCCGCUCUAACUACUGGACCGCUGUUGAGGGUGAGGCUGAAAGAACCGUCGUUAAAUUGGGAUACCCAAAUUCCCACCCAGGCUUCUUCACUAUUCACAAAACUUCCUCAGCCGAUACCUAUAAAUUUCAGUUCUGUUCAAAUGACGACGCCACCUCCUGCAGUAAUGUUGGGAUCGUUAAGGAUGAUGCAGGGAACAGGCUUUUGGCCACCAAUCAAGAAAAACCAUUCGAGUUUAUUCUUGCGCCAGUUUCGUCUGUUGCAUCUAAAUGA